UUUCUUUGCGCGGUCGAGCAAAACAAAACUAGCAUAAACACACACACACACACGCACACGCGCACAUAUAUAUACGAGUGUCACAUUAGCCUCUAAUGAAGACUGUGGCCGUUAUUUAGAUAUUUGGUCGGCGAGUGUAGUCUCGCUCUUCUCAUCAUGUUCCUAAAAUCAUGUUGCAUUUACAGCACCGGAGUUUUCUCCAUGCUAUUUUUGAUCGUGGGCAUUGCUUUGGUCCUGUCGAACGUGUUCCCCCAGUCUGUACAAUCGAUUGUUAAAAAGGAUGUAGUUUUGAAGAAUGGCUCUGAAGCAUUUGAGGCCUGGGAGAGUCCACCAGCACCCAUCUAUAUGCAGUUCUACUUCUUUAAUCUGACCAAUCCCCUGGAAGUGCUGGAUGGGGAGAAGCCGGCUGUGGUGGAGGUUGGACCAUACACAUACAGGGAAUAUCGGCCCAUGGAGCAAGUGAACUUCCAGGAUAAUGGCACAAAAGUAGCAGCUGUCAACACUAAAACCUACAUAUUCCAGCAAAACAUGUCCCGAGGUCCAGAGAGUGACCUCAUCAGGACUGUCAACAUCCCUGCCAUAGUGAAGAUGAUGUUCAAGAAUCACAGUGUAAUGGCCAAUUUGAUCUCCUCCUACAUGAAGUUCGAAGAAGAAGGCUUGUUCACCACCCGCACAGUGGGAGAACUGCUGUGGGGUUAUGAGGAUGCGGUUCUCAAAGCCUUACAAAUCAUAAAACCCGAGCUGGAUGAUGUGUUUGGACUGUUCUAUAAGAAUAAUGCCUCCAACGAUGGUGAAUACAUGUUUUUCACUGGCCAGCAAAACUACAAGGACUUUGCUCGAGUGGAUACAUGGAAUGGGGAAAGCUCGUUGAGUUGGUGGACAUCCGAUGAGUGCAACAUGAUAAAUGGAACCAACGGCGCGUCUUUCCAUCCGGUCGUCACCAAAACUGAAGCUCUCUACAUGUUCUCCUCAGACCUGUGCAGGUCACUAUAUGCGUUGUACGAGGACGACGUGACGGUGAAGGGGAUCUCUGCGUAUCGCUUUGUCCCCCCCAGUGAGGUCUUUGCCAAUAUGACCGUGAACCCGGCAAACGCAGGGUUCUGUGUGCCUGCUGGGAAGUGCCUGGGCUCUGGCGUUCUGAAUGUCUCUGUGUGCAAACAAGGAGCUCCCAUUAUAAUGUCCUCACCACACUUCUACCAGGCAGAUGAGAAGUUAGUUAAAGAUAUAAUUGGCAUGAAGCCUAAAAAGGAGCACCAUGAGACUGCCAUUGACAUUAAUCCGCUCACUGGAAUCAUUCUUCAGGCGGCAAAGAGGCUCCAGGUCAACGUAUAUGUUGAGAAAAUUCCCGCCUUCAGUCAAACGGAAAACGUGAGGACGGUGAUUUUUCCUGUAAUGCACCUAAACGAGAGCGUCGUCAUUGACGACAUGUCGGCCAAGAAGCUGCAGGCGAUCGCCACGGUGCAGAACGUGGUGGAGAACGUUCCGUUUAUGCUGAUUGGUCUGGGCAUCAUUCUGGGAGGAGUCUUCAUGUUACUGAUGUGUCGGCUCAAGGUGCCUGAGGCCACUGCUGCUGAACGACAGCCUCUGCUCUCAUCGUAGCACUAAGCGGGACGUAAAAAAAGAAGACCACUCGCUGUGUUUUGCAGUAUUAGCCAACAUUUCAUUUGCCGUGUGUAACGCUAACCGCCAACUAACAGUUUUAUUGGUUUUCGGUUAUAAACCGAAGUUACUUUUUUUUAGUGUGUUUUAAAUCGAACCAUUUUAAGAAACAAAGUCGUCAGUUACCCGAUUUUCCAUUUGUGGCAUGAUUAUGAAGUGCCAUUUUUAUAUUAAAAUAAUUAUAAUUGGAUUUGUUUGGUUUUUUUGUAUUUAUUGAAAAAACUAAUUUGAACCUGAGCAGAAUCUCCCUUUUAGACUAAAGGGCUCUCUGGAGAGUCUGCUCAGAACAAAUCCAAAAAGAAAGAGAAGUAAUAAUAUAAACUAAUAUCUCAAAACCUUUGUGUCGUGGCCAAUCAUCAGGUUUUAGAGGGGUCUUGUCGCGUUGUGUUUCUAUUGUCCAAGAAUAAGCCACGUGAUGUUGGAGAGCCAGUGUGUCGCGAAUGUAGGAAAUGGGUCGCGAGAGUGAGACUGUUGGAUUUUUAAAUCAGAAAAUGUCUGACUGGUCAUUUUGAUGUGGAGGAAGUUUGAUGUUGAGAAGGUAUUUUUCAUUUGGUGGCUUUUGGCAAACCAGAUGAUGUUCAACAGUAACGGAGUAUGUAAAUACUAUGGUUUGGAUGAAUGCAGCCAAAUAAUCUUUUCCUUUACCGUUUGGAGUUUUGCCCUCCAGUUCCUAUAAUGUAUGUAGGCAUGAAUGUUGACGUUGGUAUAUUAUCAGCUUUUUAUGCAAGAUGCACUACUGAUGAAUGUUUGCCAAACAAUAAUUUUUUCCCAACCACUUGGAGGGGUUUCAUUUCCCAGCAGAUUUAAUUUUUUUUUUUUACCUUUCUUGCAAUACAAACUAAACUAGUUGUUCUGGCCAGCAUGAUGUAGAAUAUGAAAAAGAAUGUUUGAACUGCUUUUAUUGUCGAGCCACCUCAUGAUAACUUUGUUUGUGGAGUUUGUUUUAUAAGUAAAAGAUAAACAUGUUUUCACUACUGCUUCUUUAUAGUUGAUUCAACAUGUAAUGAUAGUUUGUGUUCCCUUUAUAAGUCACAUAACCGUUUGCACACAGCCUCAAUAAACUCGGUGUGAUUCA